AAAAUGAGCACUGUAGGAUUGAAUUCACAAAACGAAAAACUGAAGAGUAUUCCUUCCCAAUGAAAAUGUAUCAUGAAUCAAAAAGAUGGUGCAUGAUGAACAUGGAAAGGCUUCGUGAAGAUCCUGAACAAGAGUGAUCAAGAUGUGGAAGGAGCGCUCGUGUACAACAAUUCUCUAUUCCAGGUGCAACUACAAAAUGAACUGCAACUUCUGGAAUUCAGCGUUCGCCCUUUUCGCGUUUUCCCUCUUGCCUGGACAGGUUGUACAGCACGUCCAGGCUGUACUGAUUGAUUUCGACGAGCCACGAAAGGGACCGAUAUGCGUGGCUACUAGGGUUUCCGACUCCGUCACUUUCAAAUGGGAAGAAUAUCACAACUUACAUGAACUCACUGACGAGAACGCGUACAGGUACUGUAGUUUUGCUUCUGCAACCAAGUUGGCAGAUGCGGCGCCGAAUUCCGGCGUGAGCGUGCGACUAGGUUCUACUCCGACCACCCGGUACUUUUCGUGCUCCAAAAUCUGUUCCAGUCAUGGACACAAAGUAAGACUAUGCGUUGUGGGACCGAGUGAGCCGCUGUCGUGUCCGUGUGCGGGAGGCAGGGAAUUUACAGGUGAUGUCGUUUCUUCAAAGGCGUCCAGGAGGAACAGCUACUCAAAACUGGAUGGCAUUUUGUGGUGCGUCGCCUAUGUCAUGAUCUUCUUUUGGACACGUUACAUUUCUUUGGCGAAAAGUCAGACUAGGUAGUCACAUUCAUGAUGGCGGACGUGGAAGAAAUCUUGACCUGAUCUUUCCACUCAUGAAUCCAAGCAAUCAAGAUCUCUCAAAUGUUGAAAAAAAAAUUCCAGAUCCCUCUAAG